CAAUGCGAAACCUUCCCCUCCGUUUUCACGCGUUGAUGCUGUCGGUUCAUGGACGGUGGAGAUUCUCCGGAAACUCCGACGACAAGGACGAGGAUGAGGCAUUGCCUGUUGCCGAGUCCUUGUCCACAAUUCGCCUCGCCGAUGCUCCCAUUCUUUUGCGUUAUUUCCACAAAGCCCUACGCGCCGAGCUCUCGACCUCCGUCGCAUGGCGUACUGCUUUGGAGCGUGCCUCCUACGACGUGAGCUCUACUACGCUCCACCGGCGAUUCGAGUUCUUGAAACUUGUAUAUAAGUAUCACUGUGCCACCGAAGAUGAGGUGAUAUUUUUAGCACUAGAUGUACAUAUUAAAAAUGUGGCGUCUACAUAUUCACUGGAGCAUGAGAGCAUUGAUGCACUCUUUGACUCUGUUUUCGAUGGCUUGAAUGGUUUACUGGAGGGAAAUGAAGAUAUGUCCCAGUCAUUUAAAGAAGUUGUUUUUCAUAUCAGCACCAUCCGGGCCUUCAUAUGUGAGCACAUGCUGAAAGAAGAAGAACAGGUUUUUCCUUUGCUGAUACAGGAGUUCUCUCCUAAAGAGCAAGCUUCGCUUGCUUGCGAAUUUCUAUACACUGUUCCUGUAAUAUUGCUGGAGGUUUUUUUUCCAUGGAUGAUAUCAUUUCUCUCACAGGAUGAGAAAGAAAAUGUCAAAAAUUGUCUGAAAGAAAUUGUACCUGAAGAAACAUCAGUGCAAGAGGUCAUAAUUUCUUGGCUUGAUAAACAUAGCCAAUCUUAUGUUUUGGCCUACGGAAAAGGAGUACAAAAAUUUCAUGAAUCUGAAAAAAUGAGAAGCAUACCGAUAUUGCUUUCAUCUAAGAGGUAUUGUGGAGAAAGUUGGCAUCAGAAGAAAGCAUAUGGUCUACAAACAAACAUUGGACACAAUCAACUUGAUGGUAUUCUGCUUUGGCAUAGAGCAAUAAGGAAAGAUUUGGAAGGAAUUCUGGACAAACUACAUCAAAUAAAACAUUCAAAUGAUUUCUCAGAUCUAGAUUCAAUAGUUUUCCAGCUAAAAUUCUUUGUUGAUGUUCUAAUCUUCUACAGCACUGCACUGGAAAAUUUUUGUUAUCCUGUAUUCAAUGAACUUACAGCUUGCUGUCUGUCUCCUUCUAAAGAGCAAUUUCGAGUUGAAAGUUUACAGCAGUUAUUAAACAGCUAUAUUCAAAAUGGUAUACCCAUGUGCAUGUAUGUGGAGAAGCUUUUCUGUGAACUGGAGACUUUUGUGAUGGAGAUCAGCAAACAGUUUGCUUUUCAAGAGACACAGGUGUUCACUGUCUGUCACCAGAACUGCAGCCUUGAAAUGCAGCAGAAGCUUCUAUACAAGACACUUCAUAUGAUGCCAUUUGGGUUGCUGAAGUCUGUGAUCAUCUGGUUUUCAGCUCACUUAUCUGAGGAUGAAUCUAGGUUCAUUCUUCAUAGCAUAAAUCACGGAGACUCUUUAGUCAAUGAAUCAUUUGCAUACCUCUUAAAUAAAUGGUUCCAUAUUGGAUUUUCGGGUAAGACCUCUGUUGAAAACUUCGGACUGGAGUUGCAGAAAAUGUUCAAGAGCAGAUGUUCUUUCCUAUCUGAGCAAAUCAAGGAAGCUGUUUUAUAUUCUUCCUUACAGCCAGAUAUGCAUCCUUGUAAAGGAGUAGAACAGUGGCAAAUGAAGUCAAUCUCUACCAUCAAGGAGAGCAAAUAUUUGUCUUGUUCUUCAUCUCCUGAUUCCCUCACUAUUAAGAAGUAUGAAACAUUCUACUCUGGUGCAACCAGUCUACAGAUAUUUUUCCCGCAGACAUUAAGGACAUUACACCCCUCCCUUAAAUUUUCGGUUGAAAAAUGCUGUAGCAGUUCUAAUGUGAAUGGACCAAUUCCAAUAGAUCUCAUGUUUUUCUUCCACAAGGCAAUCAAGAAAGAUUUGGAAUACCUUGUCUUUGGUUCAGCUCAGUUGGCCGAAAAUGCUCUGUUGCUUAUGGAUUUCGAGCGGCGCUUCCAUCUCAUACAGUUUCUAUAUCAAAUUCACAGUGAUGCAGAGGACGAGGUUGCAUUUCCUGCUUUGGAGGCAAAAGGAAAACUCCAAAAUAUUAGCCAUUCAUACUCUAUUGACCACAGAUUAGAAGCUGAGCAUUUUAGAAAGAUAUCCCACAUUCUAAAUAAGAUGCUCGAAUUGCAAGUUCCAGUUUCUAUUACUGAUUCAAAUAUACAGGAUCAGAGAAUGUUGAAGUACCAACAGUUGUGCAUCAGGCUCAAUGAUAAAUGCAAAUCGAUGCAUAAAUUGUUGUUAGAACAUGUCCACCGUGAAGAAACUGAACUUUGGCCCUUAUUUAGAGACUGCUUUUCUAUUGAGGAGCAAGAAAAGAUCAUAAAAUGCUUACUUGGAAGAAUAUCAGCUGAAAAGCUACAAGAUAUGAUACCGUGGCUAACAGCAGCAUUAACACCGGAAGAGCAGCAUACUGUGAUGUCCUUAUGGCUCAAUUCCACAAAAAAUACAAUGUUUGAAGAAUGGAUAAGAGAAUGGUGGGAAGGGUAUGAUAUCGCUAAGGUGGCAAAGGAGCCAAGUGUUCCUUCUUCGUUGACUGCAGAUCCUUUGGAGGUUAUCUCAACAUACCUUUCUAAUGAAGUUUUUGAUAUAGGAAAAGGAGAAAACUGUUGCAACAAAGUCACUGAUUUUCCAGAGAAAAGUAAUGAUGGAACUGAUGUUGGGUCAUUAGAGAAGUAUAAUAUGGAUAAAAACCUUUCCAAUGAAGAACAAAGUAUUUACAAAUUUUCAGAAUGUAAAAAACAUUAUAGUGAGGGCGACAAGAAGAGAUGCAAUGAAGUGGUGGAUGUAGUGGAUUGUGUUGAUAAGCCAGGUGAAAUUUUUCCAGAAAGUCAGAAGUCUAGAAAUCAUGAAAGCCUUCUGGCAAUGAGUCAAGAAAAGCUAGAGGCUGUGAUAAGAAAAGUAUCCCGUGAUUCUUCAUUAGAUCCUCAGAAAAAAUCAUACAUAAUCCAAAGCCUGAUAAUGAGCCGCUGGAUCACUGGACAACAGAUUAUUCAUUCAAAAACAUCCAUCUCAAGUAAUGGGGAAGAGAUUCCAGGCCAGUAUCCAUCUUAUUGUGACCCUGUCAAACUGGUCUUUGGUUGCAAACACUAUAAGAGGAACUGUAAGCUCAUGGCCCCUUGCUGCAAUCAGCUUUAUACAUGCAUACGAUGCCAUGAUGAGGAGGUAGCAGAUCAUUCAUUGGAUAGGAAAUGUAUAACGAAGAUGAUGUGCAUGAAAUGCUUGACAGUUCAGCCAAUUGGGCCUGCAUGCUCAACUGUUUCCUGCAAAAAAUUAUCCAUGGCAAGAUAUUAUUGCAGGAUCUGCAAAUUGUUUGAGGAUGAAAGGGAAAUCUACCACUGCCCUUACUGUAAUCUGUGCCGAUUAGGGAAGGGAUUGGGCAUUGACUAUUUUCACUGCAUGAACUGCAAUGCUUGCAUGUCGCGGGCUAUUUCAAAGCAUAUAUGCCGACAACGAUGUUUUAUGGACAACUGCCCAAUCUGCCAUGAAGACAUUUUUUCAUCUAAUGCUCCAGUGAAGGGCCUUCCAUGUGGUCAUUUUAUGCACUCAGCAUGUUUUCAGGAUUACACUAGAAUUCACUAUACCUGCCCUAUGUGUAGCAAGUCACUUGGUGACAUGCAGGUGUAUUUCAGGAUGUUAGAUGCAUUGUUGGCUGAGGAGAAAAUUCCACAGGAGUAUUCUGGCCGAACUCAGGCGAUACUAUGUAAUGAUUGUGAAAAGAGAGGAGCUGCUCCAUUCCAUUGGCUCUAUCACAAAUGCCCAUCUUGUGGAUCCUACAACACUAGGCUUCUCUGAAUGUGCUUAAUGGUGUGUGAAUAAAUUGUGCCUUAAUUGAGCAACUAUGUAGAAAAAGAUGAACUUAUGUGAAAUCCAAUUUCUUCCACUUGUAAUUGAGAGAAAGCACUCUACUGCUAAUCUUUCGAAUAAUCUUAGUUGUUGUGUAUAAUGUGAUUUCAGUCUGUAAUAUAUCUUUAAUUGGUUUUCUAAUUUCUACCACGAAACCAUGUGUCCAGAACAACAGUGGCUGUUCUAUUCAUUCCUUGAUUCCAUUGUCA